UCUCAGGAGUUGGAGCGUCCUGUCCUGCAUCCAUCCUUCCUGCCUUCCUCCUGCAGCGGCCACCACCUGGGACCCACGGGUCGGCACCAUGUACACCCGCAGCAGAGUGGUAGGCACCAGGCCCCGCACUUCUUCCACCCCCAGAGUUUCCAGUGAGCAGUGUGGGGGGCCGGGCUCACUGCAAAGCCAGAGACAAGGUUUACAGAGGUUCUCCCAAGGUCCUGCGCUGAAGAGCCCAGGGCAGGCUGGCCAGCAGAGCACAGAAGCAUAUACCUUGAUAGCACCAAGUGAAAACAGAAGACAACAGAUACAAAGGAUUGCUGAGCAAGAGCUGGCGAACCUGGAGAAAUGGAAGCAGCAGAACAGACCUAAAGCAGUUCACAUAGUGCCAAGACGGCUGGGUGGAAACCAAUCAGAGUCUGAAGUGAGGAAGAAGCAACAACUUCAACUGAUGCAAUCUAAAUAUCAGCAAAAGCUAAAGAGAGAAGAAUCUUUAAGAAUCAAGAAGGAAGUCGAAGAAGCUGAGCUCCAAAAAAUGAAGGCCAUUCAGAGAGAGAAGAGCAAUAAACUAGAGGAGAAAAAGCGACUUCAAGAAAACCUCAGAAGAGAACAACUUAGAGACCACCAUCAAUACAAAACUGCUGAGUUCUUGAGCAGGCUAGACACAGAAUUGCCAAACAGAAGGACCUGUCAAACUACUUUCCGUGACCUGCAAUCCUCAACAUGGAAACUUCCAGUCCUGCCUAGAGAUUUCAACUGGAAUAAAUUACUGGAACCCAAACGACUGCAGCAAGAGGAAGAAAGAGCCAAAAUCCAUCAAACUGAGCACAGGAGGGUAAAUAAUGCUUUUCUGGACCGACUCCAAGGCACAAGUCAACCAGGUGGCCUCGGGCAGUCUGGAGGCUAUUGCAAUAUGAAUAGUGCUAACAGCUGGGAUAUAUGAGUAAAUCUCACUUCCAUCUAGCAGUGGAGUCUGACCUUGACAAACCUCAUGAAAUGCCUUGCCUUACUCUGAUUUUGUUCAACUUCACACUUUUUGCUUUAACAUCACCUGCCCACCCUCUCCCCUGAUAGAGAUUACCAACUUUCCCUGCCAUCAGUUAUGCAUGCCUGCAAGAGCUGAUUGCUAAACCCACAUUUAAUCUAUUACUAGCAAAAACACACAUUGCUUUGCUAAUUGGUUUGACCUCUGAUGAGAAGAAUAAUUACAACAAUGUUAUUAUGACAGAAAAAGAGAAAAUCACUUGGUACUUUUAGGUUAGAGAUAUGGGUGCUCUAAAUCUCGUGUCUCACUAAGCAACUAAUUCUUGCUAAUUCUCAGAUCAAGUUUGGGGAAGCUUUGGAAUUUUUAAAAGAUUUUAAUCUCUAUUCUCUUAAUCUAGGAUACAAAUGUGACCAAAAGUAAAAAUUUCUCCUAUUUCUUAUAGACAAAUUGA